AGGUUGGGGCUGAAGGGGCGGGGUUUUGGGGAGCAGGUAGGGCGCGCAGUCCUGCUGGGGCGGGGCCCGAGAGAGACGGGGCGGGGCCUAGAUUUCAGCGCUUCCUGACUCCCUGACUUCCUGACUACUUAGCACCACUUCCCCGGAGAUCGGCCCGCGGCCAAGUAGUGAGGGGCAGAGCAGACUGUUCUGUCCGCUCCUCCUUAGUGGGUGGUCGAGUUUAAGGCAAAAAGAAGCAGUGCUUCGUGUAGGAGUGGGCGAGAGACCCAUUCAGACGCCCCCUGUCGGGCCAAAAGAGCCGCCGAGGCAGCGCCAGCGCUGAGAGCGGCCUAGUUUGGGGAAGCCUCUUCCAGGAAGCCAGAGGAGCGGCUGGUAGAGACUCCCAAACGUGACCUUGGCCUUGAGGGCUUCCACGCUGGCAGCCUCGCGAGAGUUGAUCCUGCGCACUUAUCUCACCUCCGUUGUCAUGUCCUACGCCGCGCGUGCCGUGGGCAGCCUCCACCGCAGGGCUCGCGCUUCGCCCUACCCGCGCUCCACCGUCGAACGAAGCCAUGUCCCCGACGACAAGGUGUCCUGGCUGGUAGAGUGGCGGGACUAUAAACCCGUGGAGUACACGGCCCCCUCCAUCCUGGCCGGGCCUUCGUGGGCAGAUCCCCAGAUAGGUGAAAGAGAUUUUUCUCCCAAAUUCAAUGAAAGGGACGGCCUUGUUGACCGGAAGAGCCACCAUGGCCCCUAUGAGAUUGAAAAUGGACGGCCUAGAAAUCCCGCGGGGCGCACCGGGCUCGUUGGCAGGGGGCUUCUGGGACGUUGGGGCCCAAACCACGCCGCGGACCCCAUCAUUACGAGAUGGAAAAGGGACAACCAUGGAAAUAAAGUCGCCCACCCGGUUUCUGGAAAAAACAUCCUCCAGUUUGUAGCCAUCAAACGGAAAGACUGUGGCGAGUGGGCCAUCCCAGGGGGCAUGGUAGAUCCAGGAGAGAAAAUCAGUGCCACCUUGAAACGAGAGUUUGGUGAGGAAGCGAUGAAUUCCUUAGAGAAGUCGAGGGCUGAAAAGAAAGAGCUGGAGGAACAAUUGCACCAACUCUUCAACCAGGAGCAUUUCGUGGUUUAUAAGGGAUAUGUGGAUGACCCUCGAAACACUGAUAGUGCAUGGAUGGAGACAGAAGCUGUGAACUACCAUGAUGAAACAGGUGAGACAAUGGAUAAUCUGACUCUGGAAGCAGGAGAUGAUGCUGGGAAGGUUAAAUGGGUGGAAAUCAAUGAUAAACUCAAACUUUAUGCCAGUCACUCCCAGUUCAUUGAACUUGUGGCUGAGAAGCGAGGAGCUCACUGGAGUGAAAACUGAGAAACUCCAAGUGUACUUAAGGUCUUCAAAUAAACAGCUACGGGUCCAGGGGAAAAGCUCAGAAUACUCAGUUUUAAAAGGUCACAAGUUUGGCCCCAAAGAAGAGAUUCUAAAAGACAACUCCUGAUUCUUUGCAAAAGGGGGGGAUUUGUUGUGCAUCCUUGCUUGUAAUGUCAGAAUUUUUUGUUUUACUGGUUGGUUUUUCUGUACUUGCCUUUCUCAUUUAACAACAACAAAAAAGGAACCUUGUUAGAGGGAAUGUCUGUCUGGAAGAGUAAGUGGGUCAGGAAUUGGGAAAAUAAAAAGACAAGUCACAUGCUAAAUUAUCUGUAUUUGCCUUUGAGUCAGAGAUUGGUAUUUAAAAAAAAAAAAACAUAGUAAAUAGGAAAGAGAAGAAAAGCUUUUUAGUCGUAAGAAGAUAAGUAUAAAUAGUGUUUUGUGCAUGUUAUUUUUAUAUUUGCCUUAGCCAAAAUUAAAUAACUGUUGCUCUUUUAAUACUUGUAGGUCAAAAUAAAUGCCUAGCCACCAAGUUCCUUUGCUUUUUUUUUUUUUUUUCCUUACUUAAUUCUUGCUUGGCACUUUGUUCUGUUUAUUUUUUUCUCCACCUGAAUUUUAUAGUAUUGCUAAUUUUCAUGCCACAACAUGUGCACCAGAAGGAGCCAUAACAUUAGCAAUGAUCUAAAGUAUCCUGAUUUUUAUCUUAACUGUUUCAAAAUUAACUUUGUAUGGUUAUAUUAAAACUGCUUUUAAAAAAUGAAACUAAGUAUUUUUAACUUCAAAGCAAUCAACUGUAUGAAAAAAGCUUUAUUAAGUGGUGAUAAAACACUUAGAAUUUGUAUAAACAUUGUUUCCCUUUUAGAACCUUGUCUAGAACUGGGGGGAAAAUGUGAUGUGCUUGCUUGAGGAUACUAUAUUUUUGGGCCUUGGUGGUUUUUAAAGGAGAGGCUUGUUAUAUGAGGAAUUUAUGAUUUGGGUAUAGGGUUAGAUUGAAUAAAUUCAAUAAAUUCUGAGGUACCUUUCAUAUGUUGUAAUAAGCACUGGUCUCAGAGUUAGGACCUGGGUUUGAGUACCAGUAUUUCCAGUCUGUGGCCCUGGAUUAAACCAACUUUCUGAUCCUCAGUUCCCUCAUGUAUAAAAAGGGGAUAAUACUUCGGUUAUUUACUUCAUUAGACUAUUAUCAGGAUCUCAUGAAAUGUAAUAGAUGUAAAAGCACUUUGAAAACAGGAAAGCACUCUCUACAUAUGUAGUGAUUAUCUUUAUUGUCACUCCUGUUUACAUCUAUUUUAGCAAUGCUAGAUGAACAGCAGUGACACACUGAUAAGUCCCUCCCAUCUGCUUACUCCAUAAAAGAUUGUGCUAAUGUAAACUAUUUUUUAAAAAGUAAGUUUAUUAUUUGCUUCAUAGAGGCAGUGUGGGGUUAGUGGGUAGAGUUGGCCUUGUCAGGAGGACUUGAAUUCAAACACUGGCUGUGUCACCCUGUUCUAAACCAUCUCUGGUAACCCUCAAAGACUUGUUAGGGAACUUUUGUUGAUUCUUUUAGUACUGGUAGUUUGUUUUUAGGAGUUCUCUACAAUCAAUGAAAUCUAUGUUAUCCUGAUUUUGUAUUUUAGGAUUGUUUAGAGAUGCAUUUUACUAAUAAUAAAACACCCUUGGACACAUUCAGACUUUAUUUAGUACUUGCCUUAAGUCACAAGGGCAAUACUUUAUGAUAAGUAAAAUGGUAAAAGGAUCCUAGGGAGUAGGGGAAAUGAGGUCACUUAAAAUUAGUGAACCCAAUUCACAGCAAAGGACUGGGCAUUCUGAUGAAACAGGGUGAUUUGGAGGGAUUGGGGAGGAAAGGAAACAAGGCUCUGUGGGGAUUGGGAUAACUGUUACUGAAGGACCCAAUGACUAGAGUAUGGAUAUUGAAGUAGGAGAGAAAGAGGUAAACAAACAAACCAAAAAAGUCAACUUUUUUUUAUUCUAUAUAUGUGGCAAUGAAUUUUGGCAUUUAAUUGUAUUUAUUUUCAAAAUGUGGAAAUUUCUCUUAACUUUGCAAUUCUGUAUGGUGAUGCUUUUACUUAACAUAGAAAAAUCAAUUUAAUUUUUGUUCUUGAAUAAUUUCCUGGGAAAAAAAAGUAUACUUUGUUUUUAUUGUACUUAAGUACUGCAUAGAACAACAAAAAAAGUAAUUUGAGCAAUUAAAGGUUUCUUUGGGUUAUUUAAA